AUGACUCAGAUCUUGCAUAUCUCCACAACCACGGUCAGACCAACAACAGAGGACGAUCAAUUAACAGCUCUUAAAAUUGAGUUAUCUCCAUGGGAUCUGAGAUUAAUCCAAUUUGAUUACAUUCAAAAGGGGAUUCUCUUCCACAAAUCAGCUGAGACAGAAGACAGCAAUGUCAGCCUAGUACAACGCCUAAAAGACUCUCUUUCCCUCACCUUGAACAUCUUUUACCCGCUUGCUGGCCGCCUGGUUGUAUCUGAAAAUGCUGAAGAUAGCACUGUUUCUAUCUCCAUCAAGUGUAACGGUGCAGGAGCUGAGUUUGUCCAUGCAGCUGCUGGCGGCGUCAAGGUGGCUGAUAUCCUUAACCCUUACAUUCCUGAUCACGUCAUCUUCAACCUCUUUUCCUUAAAUGAAGUUCGAAACUACGAAGGAGUUUCGAAACCACUUCUAUCAGCACAAGUGACUGAGCUUCUAGAUGGCAUCUUUAUCGGUUGCAGCCUAAACCACGUGGUUGCCGACGGUACUUCUUUCUGGCAUUUCUUUAAUACUUGGGCAGAAAUCUGUCGUUCUGGCUCCCAUAAAAUUUUGCAACCUCGUCCCGUUUUUGGCCGACAGUUUCUUGACGGGGUAAUUGAUCUCCCAGUUCACUUACCCUUCUCCUAUAGUGAAAUCAUUGGUGAGCCUAUAAUCAAAUCGUCUUCUUUCAAUGCUUCCUUACAAAGGGUAGUGUUUCACUUUCCCAAAGAAAAAAUAGCAAAGCUCAAAGCAAAGGCCAAUGCUGAGAUGGGCACAACCAGUAACAUCUCAUCUCUUCAGGCACUCAUGGCUCAUCUUUGGCAAGCCACGACACGUGCCAGGCAUCUCCAACCUGAUCAGCAGGUUAACUAUCGGUUUGCAAUAGGGUUGAGGCAAAGAUGGGAACCUGAAACGUUGCCAAAAGAGUACCUCGGGACUGCGAUUAUAGGCGUUAAUGUGACGGCCAUUGCAAGUGAGCUGCUACAAAAUGGACUUGGCUGGGCAGCUUCCCAAAUAAACAAAAAAAUUUCCUCCCUGACACCUGAACAAGCGAGGAAUGACUUGGUGGAUUGGGUAAAUAAACCUACACUUAUUCCGAAUAUGAGGAACCCAACAUUGUUGGCCAGAUUACUUACAGGAAGCUCUCCUCGGUUCAAUGUGUAUGGUAAUGAUUUUGGGUGGGGGAGACCACUUGCUGUUCGAAGUGGAGCUGGUGACAAAAUGGAUGGGAAGUUAACAGUGUUUCCUGGGGCUGAAGAAGGAAGCAUAGACUUUGAAGCUUGCCUUUUGCCUGAGACUAUACAAACUAUGAUGGACGAUGCAGAGUUCAUGGAGGCUGUAGCUUAAGUAAUUAAGGGUAUAUAUCCCUGAAUCCGAAGUCUUGUGUUUGAUUUCUCGCUCUCUAGUAUUUCUUGUGUGAAAAAUAAAAAAAUGUGUGUCAAUUUGUGUAAAAGCAAUAAUGUAUGCCUAUGUGUGUAACUGAAUAAAAAAAUUUCCUGUGUGCACUAUACCAUAUGGUGGGUGCAUUUUGGUAUUGCUCAGUUUCAUCAUAA